AUGUUGACGUCAUGCACCUCCGUCAGAUUAUCAGAGGGUGUUAACUAUAGCAGCUCGGAUCCUUCUGCACAGCAGACCAGCGCGGAUCCUCCCGCACAGCAGACUACAACAACUCCUGCAGUAGUGACAAGUGCAGUAACGUCUGUAAUAUCUGUACGCGCCUCCGUAAUCACAACGACAAUUAUGUUGACGUCAUGCACCUCCGUCAGAUUAUCAGAGGGUGUUAACUCUAGCAGCUCGGAUCCUUCAGCACAGCAGACCAGCGCGGAUCCUCCCGCACAGCAGACUACAACAACUCCUGCAGUAGUGACA